AUGGCGACGUCGAAGUGUGUUUGUGCCUACUCCAUGGUCAAGAUGGCAUGCACAGGAACGGUAUUGGAGCCCGUCUCCAUCGUGGGGUCGCCGUUGGAGACCUCGGGCGAGCUGUCCGACAUACCAGCCUUGAUCUGCCAGCGGCUCUGCCAGAGCGCCAAGAAGGAGCAAGAGAAGAAGGGGAAGGGGGAGAAGAAGGCCCGUGGCUCCCGUGUGGCCUUCGCAACCAAGAGCGAGGUCGACCACCUCGACGAUGGCUACCGCUGGCGCAAGUAUGGCCAGAAGGCCGUCAAGAACAGUUCUUUCCCAAGGAGCUACUACCGGUGCACGGCUGCGCAGUGUGGGGUGAAGAAGCUGGUGGAGCGGUCGCAGCAGGACCCUUCCACGGUUGUCACCACCUACGAGGGCCGCCACGGCCACCCAAGCCCCAUCAUCGCCCACCAUGGCGCACGGAUGCUAAUGGCCACCAGUGCCGACACUGCCUACUCGCUUGCCGCGCUCCAACAUCACCAACAUGGCUUUUUUCCAACCGGUACUGAUGUCUACACUUCGUCGGUGGCACACCGAGUGUCGGAGUAUGGCGGCAUUCAGUUCCAUGACGAUCUUCUUCCGGAUGCCACGAUGGGCUACCAGCAAGGGUAUCGUUAA